AUGGAUGAUUGUAAGGCUGUCUCAACACCACUAUGUCCUAAUACCAAACUCUCACUGAAGUGCACCACUGAAGCUAUUCCUUCAACACUUUACAGGUCAAUCAUUGGUAGUUUGUUAUAUCUUACUGCUUCAAGGCCUGAUAUAAUCUCCUCAGAUGCUGAUUGGGGUGGAUCUUUACCUGACAGAAAAAGUACCUCUGGUUGUUGUUCUGUUCUUGGUUCCAAUGUUGUUUCUUGGCUAAAUAAAAGGCAGGACACUGUCUCUCUUUCAACCUCUGAAGCUGAGUAUAUAGCUGCCUCACAAGUUGGCUCUCAAUUACUUUGGAUGAAAACUACUCUCUCAGAUCUUGGCAUUCAAUUCUCUGGACCUCUCAAGCUUUUCUGUGAUAAUUAA